AGCCUCCCAUGACGCAUAGGAAAAGUCGGUGUCUGGGGGCUGUACAGACGUUUAGACAAACAGGCGGGCGGUCCGGGCGACCUCUUUGGUAGGCAUCAACAGGCAGGAGUUGUAUAAAAUGACAGCGGCUGCCCGUGAGUGGGCCAAGAGAUUGACGGAAGCUCCUUACUACGGACCGUACACUUAACUAAUCCGUACAUUUAGCAACUAGAGGUUGUCCGGCCAGUCGCUCUGUCACCGCCUGCCUAGUUAUUUUUUCUCUGCAUUCAGCCUCUGCCGCCCCUUCCCCCGCGUUGCGUUAGCACGAGGACCCCUGCCGGGAAACUGACUUUUGGGGGAAACCGGGUCAUUUCCAGUCUUGGACACGUACAAGUAAGUACUGGACGGAUUACAUACAUAAUUAUACGGAUUACAUACGGAGUUAAUCCCAGUCACCAUUCGACUACCACACUUACAACACAUGUCGAUGGGUCUCGUGACCGGGUCGCCCAAGAGGUCCACAACCGCUGCUGUAGCCAUGGCGCCGUCCACGCUCGACCUCUUUAUCCUCACCUUCAACUGCGCCAAGAAUCUGAUCAACCCGCCCGUCUUUGCCGCGCAUCUCCAUGGCGCGCUGUCGCAGAACGCGACGGGUCUGCCAGACCUGGUUGUCUUCUCUCUCCAGGAGGUAGCACCGCUCUCGUACGCCUUCGCCGGCUCCUACUUUCUGAAUCCCUACUACGCCCGCUUCGGGGAAGCGCUCAACCUCGCAUCGGCGAAACUGCUCGCAGCAACAACAACAACAACGACGACGACGACACCAACAACACCAACAAGAGCAACAAGAGCAACAAGAGCAACAACCACCGACGACCGCGACGAGGAUGCGAGGCCCAGCUCACCGCCGCCAUACACGCUCGUACGUGCCAAGAACGUCGGGAUGACGGCCAUCCUGCUGUACGCGCGCGACCCGGCCUCGAUACAGAAGUUGGAAGAGGCGGAGUGCGGCUUCGGCGCGGCAGAUAUGGGUAACAAGGGCGCCGUCGGGCUAAGGGUGACGUGGAACGGGCGGCAGCAGCAGGACGAACAGCAAGACGAGCAGCACGAGCGGGGCAGCACGACGACGACGACGACAACCACGACGACUACGGAGCUCACCUUUGUGGCCGCCCACCUCGCGGCCAUGGAAUGGAACCUCAAGAAGCGCAACGCCAACUGGCGCAGCAUCGUCGCCGGCCUGACCUUUGCCAACCCGCGGUCCAUCCUCCCGGACGUCUUCCCGCCCAGCCGCGCCGGCCCGAACCCGGACCGCUCCGGCGCCGGCGACAUCGCACCGCUCCGCCUACCCACGGGCGACAGCCCCGAUCCCAGCGAAGAGGAGCCCGAGGAAGGUGAGGAGGAAGGAGGAGGAGGAGCAGAAGGAGCAGAAGGGACAGAUACCCGCCCGCUCCUCCCCCACGACCCGUCGCGCGACCCGGCCACCCUCGCGGCCCUGCAGCAGAUCUCCAUCUACAAGCCGUCGUCGCACCUCUUCGUCGCCGGGGACCUCAACUACCGCAUCGCCUCCACCACCCCGCCGCCCCUCGCCGCCUUCCCCUCCUUCGACCCGGCCUCGGAGCACCACUUCGCCGCCUUCCUCCCGCGCGACCAGCUCACCCGCGAGCGCCUCGCCGGCCGCACCCUGCACGGCCUGUCCGAGGCCCCCAUCGCGUUCGGGCCGACCUAUAAGUUCGACGUCCUCCCCCCCGACGAGAACGACGAGGCGGGCGGCGGCGGCGGCGGCGGAGAAGUCACGGGGCCGGGAGAGGUGCGCUGGCGGUUCGCGCCCCACCGCUGGCCCGGGUGGUGCGACCGCGUGCUGUACCUGGACGUGCCGCGGCGGCCAGCAACCCCCGGCAGUGGCGGCGGUGGCAGCGAUGGCGGCGGCGACGAGGUGGAGAAUCGAGAGCAGCCGAAGAAGCAGCAGCAGCAGCAGCAGCAGCAGCAGCAGACAGGGGUCGAGGUGCGCGCGUACGACGCGCUCCCCGUGAUGGAGACGAGCGACCACCGCGCCGUCUACUUCCGCGCCAGCGUGCCCGUGCUCGGGGAGGACGAGAUGAGGUCCCGCCUGGACGCUGCUGCUGCUGCUGCCUCUUACUCGUCCUCGUCCUCCUCCUCCGCGGCCGCAGCGGUGUUGACUGCGGUAGAUCCCCGGCUGAAGAUGCCCGUGCCGGUGGACGUGCACGCGUGGGAGAGGCGGGCGGCCGCGAGGAGGAAGGAGAUGGUUGUCGGCUGGACGGGUCUCCUGUGGAGCACGCGCGAGGGCGCCGUCGCGCUGGCUACGGUGCUGGCGCUCGGGGUCGGCAGUUGGUGGCUGACGCGGGUGUGGUGGUGAGAUGGUGACGGCGCACUCAAGACGAGACAGAAUUGGGUGUGUGUGUGUGUGUGUGUGUGUGUGUGAGGGGGGGGGGGACACCGAGUGCGCGAAUCGGAUGGACGGAUAAACAUGGUUACGGCAGCA